UCACUUCGUCGAAGACGUACAUGCACCGCAACCUCCCAUGAACACAAUCAUUGAGUGAGUGUGUAUUUUAUAGUAGUUGGGAACUUGGGAUGUCAGUGUUUAGUUUAAUUUAUUGAUUGGAUUAUUGUUUUUAUUUAUGCAAUAUUGAGGUUGCCUUAAAUAUUUACAAGUAUUAUUAUUCUAACAUUUUAAAACCAUGAUACUAUAUAGGUAGGUGGCCAACUCUUUAGUAAUAAUGAUUCAACUCCAGCUAGUUUGUGUUAGGUUAUGUUACCGAUAAUAGGCUUACAUAAAAAAUGUAUUUUGUUCUAUAAAAAAAAAUUUAUAACUUGUAAAAUUUCUUUCCAUUUGCAAAACAAUUAGUAACAGUGGGCUUAACAUGUUCCUCAUCCACUGAUAAAAUAUGGAUGUGUUGAUCUUUUCUAAAAACGUUUAUUAGCGGUGUUAUUGAUUGUCGACAUUUGUCUGUAAGAAAUUUACUUUCUAUUUAAAACCUGGUAAAGGUAUAACAAUUGAGAUUUUUAGUUACGAAUGUCAGAUAGUGAUUACGAAUCUUCCAACGAAUACACUGCUUUGAUAAUGGAUGCUCAUGUUGGUGAAGGAGUAAGAAGCUCAGAUGUGGUAGGAGAUAGAAUUGGAAGGAAACGCCGUCCACCAAAUCAUGGAGGCGCUUCAGGCUUCAAUAAUGUUCCUGAUGGCGAGCAAGGAAGCAAUAGGGGCCAGGCGCAAGGGGCCAGAGUGGAGCAGGAAUGGGACGAUGAGGAGGAGCUCAAGUACGGAGCGGCGCAUGUCAUCAAACUGUUUGUGCCAGUCUCCCUGUGUAUGCUGGUCGUCGUUGCUACCAUGAAUACUGUUGUAUUCUACAGAACUAAAGAUAUGUACUUAGUAUAUACACCCUUCCACGAAGAAACUCCUGAUGCUGGCUCGAAAAUUUUUGAUGCUGUGGCCAACGCAUUAAUUCUACUGGUGGUCAUCAUAAUAAUGACAGUGAUCCUGAUUCUGCUCUACAAGUAUCGAUUCUACAAGGUCAUUCAUGGAUGGUUAAUAAUUUCGUCCCUCAUGUUGCUUUCUAUAUUCUCUUACUUAUAUUUAACGGAGAUACUGCGUGCCUACAACAUAGCGUUGGAUUAUAUUUCACUGACUGUGCUGAUGUGGAACUUUGCGACGCUGGGCAUGAUCUGCAUCCACUGGAAGGGUCCCCUGCGCCUGCAGCAGGCCUACCUCAUAUUCGUCGCCGCCCUCAUGGCUCUCGUCUUCAUCAAAUACCUGCCCGAGUGGACCACAUGGGUUGUGCUCGCAACUAUAUCUAUAUGGGAUCUGGUGGCUGUGCUGACGCCUAAGGGUCCUCUGAGAAUUCUCGUUGAAACGGCGCAAGAACGAAAUGAACAGAUAUUUCCUGCUUUGAUCUAUUCAUCGACUGUUGUUUACAGUGCAGUUAACGUAAACUCAGACUCUCCGCCACCUCCUGUUGAUCAAGGAUGUGAGGACCCGGAGAGCGGAUUCACACGAGACUGGGUGGCGGGUCAGGCGCCGAUGCGACGCAACAGAACGGUGACCACCGACGGCCGCCAAAGUGGAGGACCACCCCCCAACCACCCGGCCCCGCCCCACCAGCCCAUGCCCAGGGAGUUCGAAGAUGACGAAGAACGUGGUGUUAAACUGGGACUUGGUGACUUUAUAUUCUACAGCGUUCUAGUGGGCAAAGCUUCCUCUUAUGGUGAUUGGAAUACCACCAUAGCCUGCUUCGUAGCUAUUCUGAUAGGACUGUGCCUCACUCUUCUGCUGUUGGCGAUCUUCAAAAAAGCACUACCAGCGUUACCUAUCUCGAUCACUUUUGGCCUGAUAUUCUACUUUGCCACUCGAGAGAUCGUCCAGCCGUUUGCAGACAUCCUUGCUACUCAACAGGUCUUUGUCUGAGACCAGAUUCAAUAGUCCUACACGGUUUUUUGUGUUGAUUGAUGCCUAAUUCACGUAAUUUAUAAUUAUGUUGGUUCAGAUUAAUUUUUAUAUUAUUUUUCCAAUUUGUGUAUUUUAAUAUUUAUAUUAUUACUGAUCUAUAAUGUACCAGCCUUUAAAAUAAUAAAAUUAUAACAAUUGUAAUACUUUA